UACAACACUAGUAUCAAGAAAAAGCCUGGACGGAUGAUUAAUUCAAAACUUGAAACUUAGAACUGUGGUGCAAGCUGAGAUAAUAAUAAUAGAAGCGUCUUUCUACUGUGAUAUAGCUGUGGCCCAAAGUAUUAGGAGUCUCCUCAGAAUUAGGAAUGUACUCAAAACUACAUAACAAAACGUUUUCCCCUAACGGUCAUGCAGUUGAAAGAAACAUCCCCAGCAUUUUCGGUUCCCCCUCUCUCAAUCUGUUAUCUUACCAAGUCUUGCAGCAAAAUCCGCAUAUAUCAGCAGACUAGUUCAGUUGAGAUCAAUGUUGCCAUUUGGCUUCUGUCUUCCUUCCUUUGAACACCAGCACUAACACUCCUUAUCUUAUCUAAGUAGAGCAAUCCCUUUCCUUUUUUUUUUUUUUGCCAUCUCUUUUGGCUCAGCCCACCUCCAAUAUUUUUUACAUGAAUACUCUUUUAUUUUUGUCACACAUUUCUUUGAGAUGACCCUCAAAGGUGGCACCAGCCAAGCCUGCGCUGCCUGCAAGUAUCAGAGGAGGAGGUGCACGGCUGACUGUCCACUCGCGCCAUACUUCCCGGCUGAUCAGCCUAAGAUGUUCCAGAAUGCUCACAAGCUUUUUGGCGUGAGCAACAUCUUGAAGAUUCUGAGACUGCUAGACCCCAGCCAGAAGUUGGUUGCCAUGAAGUCCAUCAUCUAUCAAGCAAAUAUACGCGAUAAGUAUCCUGUCCACGGAUGUUUAGGAAUCAUACAACAAUUGUGGUACCAAAUUCAACUAGCCGAGGAGGAACUUCAAGCUAUUCAUGCACAAUUGGCUUUCUAUCGACAACAUCAGCAACAAGAAGUGUCAACUGGAUUGACUGAUUCUAUAUCGCAAUUGCAAUUAGGAGUGGCGCCUCCAAGCAAUGCCCUGUCGCUUUUUCACCAGGAUGCUCCUCAAAAUUAUGACAAUACCGUAUCUGCACUGCCCAUUGGAUCACACCCCACUUACUCCUCCAAUAGUGCCAACGCUGCCAAUUACAAUGCAACUUACAUGGAUUCCAAGGAAAACAAUGCUGUAAACUCUUUAUGGGUUCAACAGCCGCCCUACAACAAUAGCAGUAGUAAUAUUAAUAGCAAUCCAAUGGUUAUGCAAUCUCAGUUGAUAAACUCGCAGCCCUUAAUAAUCCAACAAGAUUGUGGCACACAAGAUUAUGAUGAAAUGCACCCAUUCUUUGAUACAAUUGAUGAUAGACAGUCUUAUAUCGCUUCCAAGGAAGCAUAUGAGUCGAGCUCUGAAUCAUCAUUGAAGGAUACAACACAAUCUGUUGAGCAUGUAGCUGAGAAUGAGUUGAAGAGUGCUGCAGCGUGUUUCAGUCUCACCAGCGUUAAUUAAUACUGCAGAACACCAUGGAAAGUGUGGAGUAGCUGGUACCAGAGAGUAGACUUGUGACUAUGGUGCCUGUAUUCUGCACAUGUUAUUUCACAUAUUCACAGAGUACGUUAUGUUAAAUUUGCAUCAUUUCUCUUUUACUUCAACUUCUUUCUUUUGAAUACUUAGUAGUUGUUUCAGUAGGAAAUGAUUUGGUCAUUCAUUCUGUAAACCUGCACUUUCAGAACAGAGGAGUAUUUGUGUCCUCCCCUCAACUAGGAAUGUGAUCAACUCUGUGCAGAUUAAUUUGCAAAUGAUGAG